AUGCUGGCCGGCCGGGCCGCGCGUACCUGUGCGCUGCUCGCCCUCUGGGUCCUGGGCAGCCGAGCCCAGGAUUUCGGGCCCACGCGCUUCAUCUGCACCUCGGUGCCGGUGGACGCCGACAUGUGCGCCGCGUCCGUGGCCGCGGGCGGCGCGGAGGAGCUCCGGAGCAACGUGCUGCAGCUCCGCGAGACCGUGCUGCAGCAGAAGGAGACCAUCCUCAGCCAAAAGGAGACCAUCCGCGAGCUGACCACCAAGCUGGGCCGCUGCGAGAGCCAAAGCACGCUGGACGCGGGUCCCGGAGAGGCCAGGGCGGGUGGCGGCCGCAAGCAGCCCGGCUCCAGCAAGAACACCAUGGGCGACCUGUCCCGGACACCGGCCGCUGAGACGCUCAGCCAACUCGGGCAAACUUUGCAGUCGCUCAAAACCCGCCUGGAGAACCUCGAGCAGUACAGCCGCCUCAAUUCCUCCAGCCAGACCAACAGCCUCAAGGAUCUGCUGCAGAGCAAGAUCGAUGACCUGGAGCGGCAGGUGCUGUCUCGAGUGAACACUCUGGAGGAGGGCAAGGGGGGCCCCAAGAACGACACGGAGGAAAGGGUCAAGAUCGAGAGCGCCCUGACCUCUCUGCAUCAGCGGAUCAGCGAGCUGGAGAAAGGUCAGAAGGACAACCGACCCGGAGACAAGUUUCAGCUGACGUUCCCACUGCGAACCAACUACAUGUACGCCAAGGUGAGGAAGAGCCUGCCGGAGAUGUACGCCUUCACCGUGUGCAUGUGGCUCAAGUCCAGCGCAGCUCCUGGCGUGGGCACGCCCUUCUCCUACGCAGUGCCAGGCCAGGCCAACGAGCUGGUGCUCAUCGAAUGGGGCAACAACCCCAUGGAAAUCCUCAUCAACGAUAAGGUGGCUAAGCUUCCCUUUGUAAUCAACGAUGGCAAGUGGCAUCACAUCUGUGUCACCUGGACCACUCGAGAUGGGGUGUGGGAAGCCUACCAGGAUGGCACACAGGGCGGCAAUGGCGAGAACUUGGCGCCCUAUCACCCCAUCAAGCCUCAGGGUGUACUGGUGCUCGGCCAGGAGCAGGAUACUCUGGGUGGCGGAUUUGAUGCCACACAAGCCUUUGUGGGAGAGCUGGCCCACUUCAACAUCUGGGACCGCAAGCUGACCCCUGGUGAGGUGUACAAUCUAGCCACCUGCAGUACCAAGGCACUGUCUGGCAAUGUCAUCGCCUGGGCUGAGUCUCAGAUCGAGAUCUUCGGCGGAGCCACCAAGUGGACAUUUGAGGCCUGUCGCCAGAUCAACUGACAGCUUCAGGCCAGGGCUGAGCCUCCAGCCCCACGCCUGCCCACCCUGCUUGUGCGAUGACGAUGCAUCGUCUCUUCUCCCCUCUCCCCAGGAAUGAAUCAAGGCCACGGCCCCUGCACACGCACACGCACACACACACACAGCCUGGUUUGUCUUCAAGCACACCUGAAGCAGUUCUGGUUUUCCUCCAGUCCUGAGGGCACCCCACUUCUCCCUGGGAGCCCAACUGGUUCCCAGGCAUGCCCUAUUCACAGCAAAAGCAGGCAUCAACUUUGCCAGUGCAUAAGGAGGUGAAAGCGUGUGUGUGGUGUACGCGCGUACAUGCAUGCGCACGCGCACGUAUGUCUAGGAGAGGUUUUUCUUUUAGGAAGAAGUGUUUCAUUUCCUCCUCGUUUUGUGGUUUUGGGAAAUCUCACAAUGGGUCAGCAGCCUGUUAUUGCCAACAUGGUGAGCUGCCUGUGUGCCUUGGGGCCGGCGUGGCUUCCUUAGCACACACGUUUAUCUUCAUUUGCAAACCUCUUUCAGAGCGGCAGAGCUCUAUUGAUGUAAUAGAUGCCUUUUAGUGUUUGUUGUGGCUGGGGGACCUUUCCACUGAGAGGUUUUGUUUGGAUGUAAAGUGAAGUCUCUGAAAGUUGAAGGCUGACUUCCUCAUCCCCUGUCCCUUCAGGUCAGGAGGCCCCUAUCAGCACUAAGAGCAGCAUGGACUGCCUGGGCAGCUCUGUCCUGCACUGAGCUUUGGUACUGCCUUCUUGCCACCUUGCAUCUCAGUAGGUUGGGACCUGCCAUUCCCUUUCAGCCACCAGGGCUGGCUGCUUGAACCCAGUGGCUGUGAGAGGGGAAUGCCCCAAGACCCAGGACCUUGGCACCCUCUGCUGUUCCCUAUGGCAAUGGAAAGCCAGAGGUUUCAAGUGGGGAUCCCAUGUGCUGGAUGGAGGCCAGUACCGGACAGCACUGAGACUUGACCUCAGUCCAUGGACAGUCCCCCUGGCCCCAUGCUCUUUUCAUAGCCAUGUCCCUCCUGGCACACUCAGGUCCAGGUGAGCUGGCUCAGAUCCCCAUUAGGGGGCCAGGGGUUUGCCUAGUCCCUCAUCUCACAGGGCCCAAGUCCUGUCGCAGCCCCAACUUGUCCCUAGCCCGUGACACUGAGCCUGAUUCACAUUCAGACCUGUGGUUUUACUUUCCCCCCAUAGAAAGUAGCAUGAAUACACCCUUCUGGUCCUUCUGAGGAGGAAGCACUAGUGUGUGUGUAUUGUGUGUGUGCGUGUGCACAUGUGUGUUGGAUGAUAGAAAACACUCAGGAGGCUGUGCCCAGGGCAGGGUGAGCCCCCUGCUUUGUUUUCCCACUUGGUUGCCACACACCCAAGGGCACCCUGGACUCUUGUCUCCAGGAACAUAACUAGCAAAAGGCUGGCUAGUCUUUCUAGAAACCCUACGCACUGCCUGGCUCGUCUGCAGCUGCAGACACUUCCUCAACUGCAGCAGGUCCUGGUGCCUGCCAUUCCUUCCAGGGGCGCCUGUCUCCUUCAAAACAGGCCCAUGUUGUGUCUGAACUUAGUGCAUCUGUGCGCGUGUGUGUCUGUGUCAGUGUCUCUGUGUCGCUGUUCUUGUAGGUGUCUGCACGGUUCCCAGCUGCCGCUCUGCAGUGCAUCCCUCUCGAGGAGAGGGUGUGGAUCAGGGGGCGCUAUGUUUUGUCGUCCAGCAGUGGUUUUCCCCUUAGAUAAUCUUGUUCCCUCAGUGCCCGUCGGGUCAGGUUGUGGCAUCCUUGGCUCCGUGGGGAUCUUCUGUUUGCAUGUUCCUCGGGGUGGCGUGUUCCUGGCUCCCUCGGUCCAGUGCGUGUCCCCUUGCCUGCAUGGACUUCUCCGGUUCUGUACUGUGUGCUCAGUGCCACCCAGUGUUCUGUGAUCACCCGUGUAGCUACCAAAAAUGGCUGGGUAAGCAAGCCAGAGGUGUAGGGGGAGGUCGAGAGAGAGGUAUCAGAGUCUUUCUCCCUUCCCCCUCCCUAGACACACCAAGAAGCAUCUCUAACAUGUAGGUUGAGAACAAGCCUGAAUGGUACCCAUGGUUGGGAGAGAGCGAGCUUGGAAUCACCUUUCCAGACCAGACCGAGCCCCACCCUCACUCCAGCCACCUGGGAGCCGCUGCCCAGCAGCACCCAGAGCUGGCUGUGUCCGGUGCACUCCCGCCAGCCCCUGCCACCAGCCCCAGCCCCUGCCAAUACGGACCCCAGACCGCCUCCGCCCACAGAUGGGCGAGGUGGGAGCUGUCCGUUCAGGACCACAAGCCAUUCUCUGCCCUGGCUAGAGGGCAGAGCAUACCCCAAUGCUUCUGCCUCCGCCCUUCUGCCUCCCAGCCCUGCCUCACCCAGGUGACAGGGACAGAACCCCCUAACUGGAGUCUGUGCCAAGCCCCUCCGCUCUGUCACUGUGUACACACUUGGCACUUUGCUGGCCCCCGAGAAAGGUAGAUGGCAGCCGCAAAUCUAAUCCACAUAGUUUCCAUCGACUCCGUAAACUGAUUGAUGUUCCCUCUUGCACUGAAUAAUCCAUGCCUCUCUCAGGUAAGCCAUUUUAUAAAAUAAGAAGAUAAAAAUGCACUGUGAGACAGUGUUUGCUUCUGCCGAGCUGGUGUCAGACGGCACCCUGGGCGUCUGGGUGGGAGAGCUUUCGCGGAGGCCGCCCUGGCCCUGGGGGGCUGAGAUCCCACUUGAAUCGUAAGCCUUCUUGCUUUUGAUAACACAGUAUUAUUUCUCUUACUGUAGAAGAAAAAGUUUAUUACCAAACAAGAGUAUUUUUAUGAAAGAACGAACCUAUAAAUUAUCUCAACCUAUAUCUCCCUUGAAAAUACUUUCAGGCUCCACCAAAAUGUAGGACUGAAAGCAUGUAUUUUGGAAGAAAGAGAUACAUUUUGUAUGCUUUCUUUUCCUUUUAUAGAUUCCCAGUUUGUUUUCUAAGACUGCAAAGAUCACUUUGUCACCAGCCCUGGGACCUGAGACCAAGGGGGUGUCUUGUGGGCAGUGAGGGGGAGGAGAGGCUGACAUGAAGUUCAUGGUCAUUCCAGUGAGCUCCGAUGAGGGGCUGCCUGUUCUUGAAGGUGUGUUGGGGUUCAGGAGGUCAAAAGGGCCAUCAUCGAUGGGCUUUUUGUCUCAGAGCUGAUUGGUUACAUGGAAUGAGUUGAGGAUUCAAAUUUCAGUUCCAACCUUAAUAGAAGAGACUAGGGUUGCUAUGGUUGACAUCAAGGGCAUAGAACCCUAAGUAAUCAUAAGACAUCUGAACAUGGCUCAAAGUAGUCGUGAUUUCAUCUCUUAAAACACAGUGUGUGAAUUUACUCAGCUAAUGACAGGAAAUGUAUUGCUUCUGUACACAGUGGACUUAUGUGCAAUUUGUUAAAAGGGAACAAGUCAUUGAGGAGAAACAAAAGCCCAAUACUUAGAGUCCCAAUUUUGUCUUAUUUGCCAAAAAAACAAAAAACAGAAAAAAACAAAAAAAUCCCCUACAGUUGAUAUUGUUACAAUGUAUAUACUGUAAAAUAUGAGAGAAUUGAUGUAUCUGACUUUUUCAUUAUUUGCUAACCAAAGCUGUACAUUUUUCAUACAAUCUGCAGCCUUUUGGGUAUCAAAGGGAUAAAAACCAUGGGACCUGCCACCUCCCAUCAGCAAUUCUGGAAAUGCACUAUUUCUACUGGUAUCUUGCUUUCUUUUCUUUCCCAUUUUCUUGCUGAGAUGACAUGAAUUGUUGAGUUUAUUUUUACACAGUAAAGAGUGAAGAAAGA